AUGGGGAUGGUGAAGAAAGAUAUAAUUGGUAUCAAAAAUGAGUGGGUUAUUUGCAAAAUCUUUAAGAAGAUCUUAGUUGGGAAGAAAACUCAUGUUUUAGGCUUGGGUAGCCUGAGUUCCUAUGCGGAGGAGUCACAUCCUUUAGUGUUGCCCCGGUUGAUAAAUUCAUCUAUGUACAACAACGAAACAAGAAUCUGUUUUGGCGAGACAUUUCACUUGACCUACUUCUCCAAUUCAAUGGAGGACCACAAGAUCAAAGAAGACAUGGUUGAGAGCUUCGACACUCCUCUCUUAGCCGUCUCAUUUUCCUCAAGCCCAUCUUAUAUUUCUUCUACUUCCAACUCAUUUGGCCACUAUUCAAACACUGAAACUUUGCACUACCCAGAUACCCUAUUCAUGCACGAGCAGUACUCCGUAUUAAGGAUGUUGCUUGAAAAAAAUGCUCUAGACAUGAAGCGGAAUGCAAAUGGAGAGUUCUUGCCUGAAACAAGCUUUAGUACGAAGAAGUCUUUGACGGUGUCCAACCACAAGAUGGCUCAAAGGUCUUUUAAAGAUCAAGAGUCUAGAGAAAUCAAAGAAUGA